AUGCUUGAAUCGAUGAUGGAGGAAGUUUGGUCCUCUACGGAGUCUUUCGAUUUCACAGAGACCGGUCAAGUGGAACAGCUGAUGUUCCUCCCUCACGACGUUGUCAGUUUCGUCGACGAAGACGGAACAAUCAUUCGCGGUGUGGUCAAGAACACAGACUAUUUGGGCGAUGACCUUGGCCUCAGCUUCAAGGAGAAGAUUGCGAAGCUCAAACAUAAAUAUGUCGAUAACAACGCUGAGACUUUCACAGUAUCCACCUUUCCGUCGAAAAAGGUCGUCCAUAAACAAGGCGAAGAGCUUAAGCUGCUCCAUCGACCAUUCAUUUUGGGCGACGUUGUCAGACGAGACAAGAGUGAUGAGAUCGGAACAGUUGUUGCGAUCGAGUUUGAAAGUGACGUCAGAGUCCCAGGUACAAACUUGGAAUUGGAGAAGAUCUCUUCAAAAAGACUUUUUUCCUGUGCUCCGACCUUUCCUGGGCAGAAGGUGGCUCUCAACGGCUGGAUCGGCGAAAUAACAAAGUACAAGAGUAAAACAGGAAGCAUGGCGGAAACCGGUUCAUUUUCUUCGAGCGACGAGGUCGAAGUCAACUGGGUCGCCUGCGGAAAGAAUGAGCCGUCCCCAAAACCGAACAGCAAAGUUGACUCUUCUGAACUAUCGCAGCUGCAAGCGCCUUGGAACCAGGAGAAUAUUGCCUACAAGAAUUCUGGCACUACCUCCAAGAUUUGGGGUGUUAGACUCGGGGACCGCUUUAGAAUCAAGCUUGCAGAAGAAGAAGCACAGCGUCUCAACAUCCUGAUGAAAAGUCAAGAAGUCAACCCUUCGAAAGUCGUUGACCUUGCGAAACCCAAUUAUUCGAAGGAUGCAAAGAAGAUUUCCUCGGAUGAUUUUCUGGAAAAGCUGGCAAAGAUCGCCAACGAUGACGAGAACCAAAACUGGGUAUGCCUCCGCUUUCCCAACUUCACGGUGAUAACUUACAAAGGCAAUUCGUCGACUUGGUACAACGACUUGGAUCCAGAAGAUCCCGACCCAAAAAAGAUCAGCAGCUUGUUCGAGGCUAUUUUCAAGAAUGAAAAGGUAGACAAGGAGGGGAUGAAGGAGAAAGUAAACCGAGCUUACGAAGAAAUCGAAAAGCUACUUGGGGAAAAACUUUCACUUGACAGCAUGAAUAUCCAAUUUAAUGAAUUCACAUGGCCAAUGCCGGAAGGGAAGACGAGAAAGAAUUACGAAUUCGACCUGGGAUAUCAAUCAGGCGUGGAAAACUCAGCCAAUUUUGAAUUCAAAGAUGAGAAGUGGAUUGCCGUCGAGAUCACUUCUUGCACGUCGACUUGUAAGGUGGUAUGGCAAUCGGGUGAAAUCGAAGACUGCAAUUCUACUGAACUCUCGAAAUACCCCUCUCUUAUAAUUUCGCAGAAGUUCCUUCCAGGCAAUUAUGUUGCUCGUAAAAAACAGGAAAAUCUCGCCGAAUGGGGUAGCAUCUUUUCCGUCGAUUUCACUAAGAAGCAAAUGGUUGUCCAAUGGUACAUCGACGAAACAACUAAAGAACGAGAAACAGUCUCUUUCAACGACACGAAUGCUCAUCCAGAUCUCAAAUUUCCCCUCGGAAGCCUCGUUGUAAACAAGAGUCAAUCACAGAUCAACUGUCCGGGCGUCGGAAUGGUAAAAGGCUACCUACCUUGCGGAAAACUCGAGAUAAUGUGGGCCGAUAGAACAGAGUCUCCCGUUUUUCCAACUCAACUCAUCCCCGAAAGUCUGCUCUUCCCAAAAGAAGACUUUUCAUGGUCCAUGCCAUGGACCAUGGGAAGUGGAGCAGGCUAUGGAAUGUCCGAAGAAGACGGAUCAAAAACAACCGAGGAGAAGAUUUCCGAGAUUACAGAGCCUGUUAUUGAUGAGGUGCCUAUUGCCGAUCUUGGCCAAGUUCAUUUUCUUGAAGAUCCCAGUCCAAGUCACGCUUUCUUCAAUUCCAAAAAUGAUCACUCAAAGUCAUUUUUAAAGAUUUACAACUCUGAAAUCAGCAGACUUCAAACGUCGAUCCCUAAAGGUGUUCACUUGUGGGCAUAUGAAAGUCGCCUCGAUUUACUUUCAUUCGCCAUCGAAGGGCCAGCAGGGACUCCUUACGAACACUGCCUCUUCUGCUUCGACGUUUGCCUUCCAGAUGGAUACCCGCUCACCUCCCCGCCGAAAGUCCGCUACAGAUCAACGCUAAAUACAAGAAUCAAUCCAAAUCUAUACGCCGACGGUAAGGUCUGCCUAUCCCUCCUUGGAACUUGGGCGGGUAAUGGGUGCGAGAAGUGGAAAUACAAUUCGAAUCUUUUGCAAUUGCUAGUCUCGCUUCAAGGGCUCACACUGAAUGCCGAGCCGUAUUUCAACGAGCCUGUCCACGAGCUUACAAAAAAUAAAAUAUCUGGCGAAAAAGGCUCAAAGAUAUACAAUCAGGGUAUCACGAAAACACUCUGCGAUCACGUGAUCACGACAAUCAGAAAUCCAGGACAGCCAUUCGAAGAGCUCGUGAAGGAGUUCUACUUUGGAUCGAAGCCGUCCGAGAAAAAAGGAGUCAUUGACAAGUUCAUCGAAAAGAUGGAAAAGCUGACUACAGAAAACCCAGGCGAUUUAGCUUAUCCACUCUUGCCCAUCUCAGACGACUCAAAAUCUUUUCUGUCAGCAAAAGUCAAAACGCUGAAGAAAAUCAAGUCCGAAAAUGAUGAGAAUGUCACAUCUUCUGCCUAG